AAACCCAGAUUUUGUUUAUCUUCAAGCUAAGCUGAAGAACUUGUUUCAUUUCUCUCUACUACGUAACAAUGGAAAUUGCACUCCAUCUAUCAUCAUCUUCAACCUCAAGAACACCAUCUUCAUUACCAAAUUAUCCAGAUUUCCCCCUUAAACGUCCAAUUCUCACACCAAAUCCACGUCCAACAAACCUUCAAUUUCCAUCCCUAUCCACAACCAACACCAUUCCAUCCGAACGUAAACCUAUUCCCUCCCUUUCACCAUCUUCACCCAACGCCCGUUCAGAUUUCCCCGAAAAAAUGCUCUUCCUCGAUUCAAUCGGCAUAGAUUUCGCUUCAUUCAUCUCCACACAUCCACAAAUAGCCGCCACCGCAAUCUCCGACCUAAGAGAAACCGUCGAUUUCCUCCAAUCAAUCGGUCUCACAAGACAAGAUCUCCGCCGCGCCGCUUCAAUGUGUCCAGAAAUCUUAUCCAGAGAGGUUUCCUCCAUCCUCACCGUCUUCACUUUCCUCCUCCGUGAAGUCCGCGUGAAUCGAACUGAUAUCCGCCGCGUAAUUCACCGGCGACCGCGUCUACUGGCUUGCGGCGUUGAUACGCGGCUCAGACCUACGCUUUACUUUCUUCAAAGCAUUGGUAUACCUGAAAUUAGUAAACAUACUUCUCUACUUUCAUGUUCUGUGGAGGAUAAACUUGUACCGAGAAUUAGUUAUCUUUUGAAAAUUGGAAUAUCUUAUAGGGAAGCUAUGUCGAUGUUUAGAAGAUUUCCUGCUUUGUUUUGUUAUAGUAUUGAGUUUAACCUAGAACCGAAAUUUGAUUAUCUUGUUGUUGAAAUGGGAAGGGAAUUGAAGGAACUUGUUGAGUUUCCACAGUAUUUCUCAUUCAGUUUAGAGAAUAGAAUCAUGGUUAGGCAUCAACAAUGUAUUCAGCAUGGUGUGGUUCUUUCUUUGCCUGUGAUGUUGACGACCAAGGAGGAGAUAUUUCAAUGUAGAUUGCUGACAUGCUCUUCUAGGGUUCAUCAAUUUCGGUGAGGAAAAGAAAUCAACCUUUUUUUGAGGAUGAAAUGAUUGAUCUUUAUGAAGAAGAAUCAGAAUGGAUUGUGAUAUGUUAUGAAUUCUUGAAUGAAGAUUGAUUGAAGAGAUAGUAGUGUUCAUCUUAUCCUUCUUUUUUCUCCUUUUCUUGUUUUUUCAAGAUGGAUUUUAAGCAUAUUA